GAGCGCGGCGCAAAGCGGGCUGCCGGCUGAGGGUGUGAGUGAGGGGAGCGCGCGGCGCGGCCUGAGUGCUGCUGGUGACAGUGUGAGGGGAGAGGAGAGCCGGGCUGAGGACUUUGUUCAAGAUGACGUCUAUUCCAGAAUACUACAGAGGGAAGAAUGUCCUCAUCACAGGAGCUACCGGCUUCAUGGGAAAGGUUCUCCUUGAGAAGCUGCUUAGGUCUUGUCCUGGCAUCAAGAAGGUUUAUGUUCUAGUCAGACCCAAAGCAGGCCAGGAGCCCCGGGAAAGGGUUGCUGAAAUGAUGAGCUGUAAGUUGUUUGACAGAGUGAGAGAAGAGCAACCACAAUGUGCAGAGAAGCUGAUUGCCGUCACUAGCGAGCUCACCCAGCCAGAGCUGGACAUGAAGAAGGAAGACCAAGACAUGUUAAUAGAGUGCAUUGACAUCUUGUUCCACUGUGCAGCCACAGUCCGCUUUAAUGAAACCCUUCGAGAUGCCAUGCAGUUGAAUGUUAUAGCAACACAGCAGCUGUUACAUUUAGCGCAAAGGAUGAAGAAACUGGAAGUUUUCAUACACGUAUCAACUGCAUAUGCCAACUGUAACCGCAAGCAUAUCGAAGAAGUUGUGUACCCACCACCUGUAGACCCAAGGAAACUCAUCGAAUCUUUAGAAUGGAUGGAGGACGGUCUGGUGAACGACAUAACCCCGAAGCUCAUAGGGGACAGGCCGAACACGUACACAUACACAAAGGCCCUGGCAGAGUAUAUAGUGCAACAGGAGGGACGUAAGCUGAAUAUAGCCAUUGUCAGACCAUCCAUUGUUGGAGCCAGCUGGAAGGAACCGUUCCCUGGAUGGAUUGAUAAUUUCAAUGGCCCAAGUGGUUUGUUCAUUGCGGCAGGAAAGGGAAUCCUACGCACCAUGAGAGCUUCCAACAAUGCUGUGGCAGAUCUGAUCCCAGUAGACGUAGUUGUGAACACAACGGUAGCUGCUGCCUGGUAUUCCGGAGUUAAUAGGCCUAAAAAUAUUAUAGUGUACAAUUGUACGACCGGAGGCACAAAUCCUUUCCACUGGGGUGAAGUUGAAUACCAUGUAAUUUCUACUUUCAAGAGGAAUCCUCUCGAACAGGCCUUCAGACGGCCCAAUGUAAAUCUAACCUCCAAUCACCUAUUAUAUCACUAUUGGAUUGCUGUAAGCCAUAAGGCCCCAGCAUUCCUGUAUGAUAUCUACCUCAGGAUUACUGGAAGAAGCCCAAGGAUGAUGAAGACCAUCACACGUUUGCACAAGGCCAUGAUGUUGCUGGAAUACUUUACAAGUAACUCCUGGGUGUGGAACAAUGAGAACACCAACAUGCUAAUGAACCAGCUCAGCUCUGACGACAAAAAAGUAUUUAACUUCGAUGUCCGGCAAUUGCACUGGGCAGAAUACAUGGAAAAUUAUUGCAUGGGAACCAAAAAAUAUGUUCUGAAUGAGGAAAUGUCAGGACUCCCAGCAGCCAGGAAGCACUUAAACAAGUUACGGAACAUUCGCUAUGGAUUCAACACCAUCCUGGUGGUUCUAAUCUGGCGCGUCUUUAUUGCAAGAUCGCAGAUGGCAAGAAACAUCUGGUACUUUGUCGUUAGCCUGUGUUUCAAGUUCCUGUCUUAUUUCCGAGCAUCCAGCACCAUGAGAUACUGAAGACACUGGACACUGAUCAGUUUGGACAUCUAUGCACACAGCGGCGACCUGCACAGACUCUCGUUACCCGAUCUGUGUCACUGUUUGUUUGGUCUUUAUUUUAUGUCUUAUACAGCCAUUCUGCCAUCCUAGGCCCAGGAUAACAUGAAUACAGUAACUCAAGUGUACCUUAGUAAUGAACCACACCAGUCAGACUGAACCAGCAUCAAGGAGAUUAGUUUACCAAACUUCACUUGCAAAUUUCAAAUGUCUUUGAACGUCCAUUUGAAAUAUGUGCUGUUUUUAGAAGCAGCUUUCCUUUCUUCACUUUUAAACAAUGCACAGGUUUUCACCAAGUCUGAUGUUGUUAAGCCUCCUGUGUUGGGUCUAAUUGGUGCUGAAUUGUAUGGUUAAAGUAUAAUGCUAGCUUUCUGGCAGAGCAGCCAAGUAAUCAACUUCAUAAACACACAUCAUUGCCAGUUGUGCAGUAGGAUGGGGAAUCGUCACCUUUUUUUGCGUUCUUAGAGAACUAUAGUCGCAAGAAGUGCCCAAGACGUUUCUUCCAUCAUUGAGGGCAAGCCCUUAGAGCAGCACACAAAGGCAGAUCUUUUGUCAGCGAAAUACAGUAGAUGGUUAAAAAGCCAGCAUGAGACAAAUUGGCAAUGUGGAAUUUUGCAAGGUCCAUUUGUACUGCUCUAAAUUUAAAUAUAUUUUUACUGGAAAAUGGCAUUAUACUUUAUCUGUUUACAGUCUGCUUAUUGGAUUGUGCCUCUGCCACUAAGCCUAUUUUUUUUAUUAUUUUCUUUUAUUUAUUUUUUUUGUCUCCUGCCUUUUUUUGUUAAGUUGUAUCUUUUUUU